CCCAGGCCGGACCGGCAGUUUCGCCUGCGUGUCGUCUCAACGGCCUCGAAGCGACAGCCGCGAGUCCCGCUUCUGAGCUGGCUUGGUUCGCGCCCUCCAGCAUGGCUCUGGAAAGCGACAAGAGGAGGACGAGCACUUCCCUGGAGACUGCCUUAGCCGAGUGCACGGAGGCACUGAAUUGUUUCCUGCAUAACCAGUUCAGUAAGAGCUUGGAAAUGCUGCAGCCCAGGACUGGAGAGAGCAUGUACCAUGCCUUAAUUUAUGCUACCAUCCUGGAGAUGCAAGCCAUGAUGACCUUCGAACAUGAGGAUAUUGUCCAUGCAGGGCACACCAUGAAAGAAGCCCAGGAGAUCUGUCAGAGAUUUCGAAGGAAAACCACUGUGACUGGUACCUUCUCUAGUCGGCAAGGUGGAGAUGCUUGUACGGAAGAGGAACUGCAUGCUGAAGUAUGCUAUGCAGAAUGCUUAUUGCACCGGGCAGCCCUCACCUUCCUCCAGGAUGAAAACAUGGUGAAUUUCAUAAAAGGAGGAAUCAAGGUGCGUAGCAGCUACCUCAUCUACAGAGACCUGAACGCUUUCAUCCAACCUAGUUCCUUGCCUACAAACUCUGUUCGUAUCCAUCUGGAGGGGGGGAUUGCUCUUGGCACUGGUGCCUUCAAUUUGACUCUCUCUCUCUUUCCACCCCGGAUUUUGAGACUUCUGGAAUUUGCUGGGUUUUCAGGGGACAAGGAUUAUGGUUUGCAAAAACUACAUCAAGGAGCCACCACACCCAACCUGCGGGCUCUACUUUGUACAAUGUUGCUUCUCUGCUACUACACUUUCCUUACCUUCAUUUUAGGGAUUGGUGAAGAUGAUUUCUCAGAGGCUGAGGCCCUACUGAAGCCAUACCUCUCCCGCUAUCCGCAGAGUGCCAUUUUCUUGUUCUUUGCUGGGAGGAUAGAGGAAAUCAAAGGGAACAUCAAUGAGGCCAUCAAGAAAUUUGAAGAAGGCUGCUCAGCACAACAAGCUUGGAAGCAGUUUCAUCAUAUGUGCUACUGGGAACUGAUGUGGUGCUUUGCCUACAAAGGAAUGUGGAAGAUGGCGUACUUCUAUGCAGAUCUGCUGAGCAAGGAGAACCGCUGGUCUAAGGCAAUGUAUGUGUACAUGAAAGCUGCCUUCCUUAGCAUGCUGCCUGCUAAUGAGCCACGGCCUUUUGGUGAAGUAGAGGUUGAACUUUUCAGGCAGGUUUCCUCCUUCAAACAAAGAAUUGCUGGGAAAUCACCACCCACAGAGAAAUUUGCCAUUCGCAAAGCAAGGCGCUACAAAUCGAGUGACCUGGUUCCCUUACCUGUGCCAGCCCUGGAAAUGAUGUACAUGUGGAAUGGAUUUACAGUGCUGGGCAAGCAGCAAGAGUUGUUGGAAGGAACUUUAGACACUCUAAUACAGGCUGAGAAGAAGCUACAAGAAGCACCAGCCAGUGAGUACCAGGUAGAUGAUCAGUGUCUCGUGUUACUUCUCAAAGGCCUAGUCUUCAAGCAUUUGCACAGUUUGGCUCAGGCUGAGGCGUGCUUCAAUGCUGUCCAUAGCAGUAAGAAGAAGAUCAGGUAUGAUCAUUACCUGGUACCCAAUGCACUAUUGGAACUGAGUCUGCUGUAUGUGGCACAAGGCCAAAAUGAAGAGGCUAUACAGUUGCUUCGCAGAGCCAAGAACAACUACAAAAAUUAUUCAAUGGAGUCACGAACACUGUUCCGGAUCCACGCUGUAUUAUCCAAACUUAAGGCCAGCCAGGAAGAAAAUGAUGCAGAUGGAACCAGUCCUUCCUAAAGCAGGUUUCCUCACAAACUGUUGUUAGGAGUGCUUGGACCAAAGAAAGAACUGCCAAAGUACAAGGGCUGUCUUCUCCUGGGGUGGGCCUAUUUGAAGGAGUGUGUUGUAAUUGUACCACUGGGCUUCUGGCCUAGUGUUUAAUGUAUUAUGAUGAGCAUGGAUGGGUCUUACCUAACUGGAUUUCAGCUUCCAAAACCAGGGUGCAGCUAUGAAAAUGCUGCUUGCUAAUUAAUGAAGGUGGCAGGAGCAGCUUGUCUUCAUUAUUCCAUGAUAUAUUCUGUCAGAGUCAACCCACAGGAGGGCUCCUAUUUUCUAUUCUUUUUCAACCUCAUAAUUUUGAAAUAACAUGGACUUUACAGCCUCCUAAUGUUUCUUUUUUAAUUUCAUAUUUCUUGGGAAAUCCUCACCCACUUUCUUUCUCAGUUUAUGCUCCUUACCUGCUAGCAUAUCAGAUGGUUCUUCCUGUCACAUUGGGAGUGAGCUUAAUAAUGCAAAUAAUUCAGCAAAGAUUUCCAGUUUUGGCUGGAAACAUAAUAGAACCUCAACUCUCUGCAGUGGCCUUCUCUUUUUCAAAAGAACAGAUUUUUUUUUUUACAAAACUUAUCAGCUCAAUCUCUAUUUAAGAACAUUUCUAAAUGUUGGAAAGUGAUUUAAAAUGUUUACAGCAUUUGGGAUGGGUGCAAACAAUCCCUUAAGGAAUUAUAUUGCAGAAUGAAUAGUAACUGGACUUAGACAUUUUCAAAAGCCUAUGACUACUUCCAGAAUUCUGUUUAUGUCAAUACUUGCCCCAGUAUAUACUUUGCUGAUCAAUUUGGCAAAAACAACUGAUGGAUCUUAUCAGUUUUCAAUCUGAUUACUGUAUUAACAAGUAAGAUUGGUUCUACAGAUUCACCAGGCUAUUGAAAUAUGGUUUUAUUUUCUUUUUAAAAAGCUGUUUCAAUGCCUUUGUUGGUUGUCUCAUUAACCCAGGACACUUCUUGCCAUACUGUUACUCAGGACUGCUUAUUAGAUAUUAGAUAUAAGCCAAUAAGCCAAUGUGGUUUUUGUUGUACUUGUUUGCAUUCCUUAUUUUAAAAUUACAUUUGGUGUAAUUAGCAUUAAAAUGAUGGAAAGGCAUAAAGG